AUGGACGAGUUCGACGUGCCGUCGGUUCGCUCUGAUGCCCUCACUGUCUCCUAUACGUGGCGCUCGCCCAUCCCUGAUGCCUGUGUUAGCGGCACAGGAUCGAAGCGUGUGCCUUGUGUGCUUGGUGUCGACGAGGCAGGGCGUGGACCGGUCUUGGGCCCCUUGGUCUAUGGCAUCGCGUACUGUCCGCUGUCUGAACAAGAGGCAUUGCGCGAGGUGGGCUUUGCUGACUCCAAGGCUCUCACAGCUGAACGUCGUGAUGUGUUGCUGCAAGCGCUGCUCCAGGAAAAGCAUCGCAUGGGCUGGGCUGUCCGCGUAAUGGCACCGCAGGAUAUAUCUGCUGGCAUGCUACGUCGACAACCACACAAUCUCAACGAGCAGAGCUUCGAUGCGACUGUGCUCUUAAUCCAAGGCGUUUUGGACUCUGGGGUGGAUGUGACCCAAAUCUUUGUCGAUACCGUCGGCGAUCCCAAGACGUACGCAGCCAAGCUGCAGCGUGCAUUCCCACGCCAUGGCCACAUUGAGUGGACCGUGGCGCGCAAGGCCGAUGCUACAUACCCCAUUGUCGGCGCCGCAAGUAUCGCCGCCAAAGUCACACGCGACGCCUGCAUUGACCGGUGGCUGUACGCUGAGCCGACAUUGCCCUACGAUGGCGCUGUGCAGGCAGGCAAGCGCAAGCGCGAGGAGGAGGACGAGGAUGCUGCUUCGACGUUGUGGGAGACGGGCAGUGGAUACCCAGGCGACCCCAAGACCGUUCGCUAUCUGCGCGAGACACUUGAUCCAAUCUUUGGCUGGGCUGGCAUUGUGCGUUUCAGCUGGGCGACAGCCAAAUCGCUCUUGGAGGAGCCGUACACUCACAAAGAUCCUUCUGCCACCUCGCUCUUCGGCACGCCAUACCCUACGUCGACGCGCGCCUACAAAGUCCACUGGAUCGACGAGGCUGCCAAGGAGGCCAAACAGUCUACAUUGAAGGGAUUCUUUACACGAAAACCUACUGCACGAACUUUCGCUACAGCUGCCACCGAUACCUCUGCUGUUGCUGAGGCAUCCGGCGGCUCCGAAAUGCAACAAGUCAUGCGUCACGAUCGCAAAGCAUUACAAGAACAACGUCCAGAGGCCUGGCAUCGUAUGGCCCUCACAUCGUGCAGCGCCACCGAUUUCUUAUAA